AUGGAGAGUAAAUCUUGCUUCUCAUUCUGUGCAAGUUUAGUUGUUCUAGCUUUCUCAACUGGAGAAGUUUUGAGCCAGAAUUCUUGCUCCUUUCAACCAACAACUGAUUUUUGGGGUGCAAAAUUUUGGGCUCUGCAAGGUUUCGUUCUCAAUAGCACAAAGGCCGUGUCAUCUGUGACAUGUGUGAGAGACUGUAUGAUAGAUCCUCGCUGUGUCUCUAUCAACUACUUUGACAGCGAGAAACGGUGUGAGUUGAAUUCCGCUACAAAGACCCAGUUCCCUGGAAGCUUCACUUACAACCAAGGAAGCUUCUACUAUGACGAAGACAGAGGAACAACUCUCUUAUCAGAGUUUGCUUCUUGUAAGGAGCUUCUGCAAGCUGCUGGAGGCAAUAUUUCCAGCGGAGUCUACACCAUCUUUCCCAGCAGUCUGACUGAGGGCUUAGAAGUCUACUGCGACAUGGAGGGAAACUACGGAGGCUGGAUCGUUUUUCAGAGGCGGCAGGACGGAAGCGUGGAUUUCUAUCUCAAUUGGGCCGACUAUCAGAGAGGGUUUGGAGAUUUGAAGGGCGAGUUCUGGCUGGGGAAUGAUAACCUGCGCGCUCUUACCGAAGCCUCUCCCCAAGGAACUUGGGAGCUCAGGAUCAAUAUGGAAGAUUGGGAAGGGGAAGCUGUUUGGGUCGAUUAUUCUGACUUCAAAAUAACAGGUGAAAAGUAUACUUUGAACGCUGCGUACAAAUCAAUCAGCGAAACAAAAGUUGGUGAUUCCCUUCGUAGACAUACUGGGAAACCCUUUUCAACCAAGGACCGUGACAAUUAUAACUGUGCACAGUGGAACAAAGGUGCCUGGUGUGCUUCUAAUGGGAACAAACCUGCAGCAGCAGAGAUGGGUCUUGUGACUGCUGACUUAGCUUGGUGCGUUCAGAAUUCUUGCUCCUUUCAACCAACAACUGAUUUUUUUGGUGCAAAAUAUCGGGCUCUGCAAGGUUUCGUUCUCAGCAGCACAAAGGCCGUGUCAUCUGUGACAUGUGUGAGAGACUGUAUGAUAGAUCCUCGCUGUGUCUCUAUCAACUAUUUUGACAGCGAGAAACGGUGUGAGUUGAAUUCUGCUACAAAGACCCAGUUCCCUGGAAGCUUCACUUACAACCAACGAAGCUUCUACUAUGACGAAGACAGAGGAACAACUCUCUUAUCAGAGUUUGCUUCUUGUAAGGAGCUACUGCAAGCUGCUGGAGGCAAUAUUUCCAGCGGAGUCUACACCAUCUUUCCCAGCAGUCUGACUGAGGGCUUAGAAGUCUACUGCGACAUGGAGGGAAACGACGGGGGCUGGAUCGUGUUUCAGAGGCGGCAGGACGGAAGCGUGGAUUUCUAUCUUAAUUGGGCCGACUAUCAGAGAGGGUUUGGAGACCUGAAGGGUGAGUUCUGGCUGGGGAAUGAUAACCUGCGCGCUUUGACCGAAGCCUCUUCUCAAGGAACAUGGGACACAAAGGCCGUGUCAUCUGUGACAUGUGUGAGAGACUGUAUGAUAGAUCCUCGCUGUGUCUCUAUCAACUUCUUUGACAGCGAGAAACGGUGUGAGUUGAAUUCCGCUACAAAGACCCAGUUCCCUGGAAACUUCACUUACAACCAAGGAAGCUUCUACUAUGACGAAGACAGAGGAACAACUCUCUUAUCAGAGUUUGCUUCUUGUAAGGAGUUUCUGCAAGCUGCUGGAGGCAAUAUUUCCAGCGGUGUCUACACCAUCUUUCCCAGCAGUCUGACUGAGGGCUUAGAAGUCUACUGCGACAUGGAGGGAAACGACGGAGGCUGGAUCGUGUUUCAGAGGCGGCAGGACGGAAGCGUGAAUUUCUAUCUCAAUUGGGCCGACUAUCAGAGAGGGUUUGGAGACCUGAAGGGCGAGUUCUGGCUGGGGAAUGAUAACCUGCGCGCUCUGACCGAAGCCUCUCCUCAAGGAACAUGGGAGCUCAGGAUCAAAAUUGAAGAUUGGGAAGGGGAAGCUGUUGUGGUCGAUUAUUCUGACUUCAAAAUAACAGGUGAAGAGUAUACCCUAAACGCCGCGUACAAAUCAAUCAGUGAAACAACAGUUGGUGACUCCCUUCUCGUACAUUUCGGGAAACCUUUUUCAACAAAGGACCGUGACAAUGAUAACAGUGAAGACGUAAACUGUGCACAGAAGUACGUAGGCGCCUGGUGGUACGACCGCUGUCAUAAAUCAAACCUCAACGGUAAGUACUACAAUAAUUCCACUGUUGGGUCCAACCAAGGCUUGCAAUGGGAAACAUGGAAAGGAAAUUACUAUUCACUGAAGAAAUGCAGCAUGAAGCUACGAGAAAUUAACUAA